AUGCCUUCUACGCACAAUCCGGGUUCUUCUUCACCUUUGACUUCAUUUGGUCGCUCGAUUUGGAGUCGGCGAGAACCGUUUCAUUCCAUUGAAGCUGAUCAUGAGUCCAGUGAACAGGAAUUAGAGCUGCAAUCAUUUCAAAAACUUGUUGCAGAUCUAUUUCAUGACUUGUCAGCUGUUAGUGCUGAUGAAUUGCUCUCUAUUGCGUGGAUUCAGAAACUUUUGGAUGUUUUUGUUAGCUGCCUAGACGAAUUCAGGGUUCUCUUGUUGAAAAACAAGGCACAGGUUUCUAAACCUCCCUUGGACCAUUGGGCUGAUGAAUACUUAGAUAGGAGCUUGAAGGCACUUGACAUUUGCAAUGCCACUCGUGAUGGGAUUGAGAAGAUUCGUACAUGGCAUAAGCAUUUAGAUAUCGUAAUGUGUGCCUUAGAAUCUCGAAAGAGGGCAUUUUCUGAGGGCCAGUUCCGUCGAGCAAGAAAAGCUUUGAUGGAUUUGACACUUGAAAUGCUUGAUGAGAGAGACUCUGGGUCUGUGUUUUCUCACAGGAACUGGUCUUUUGGGCGAAAUAACCCAAGAAAGGAUGCUCGUCGUCGUCAACACUCAUCUGGGAACUCAUCUGGGCAUUCCCGCUCUCACUCAUGGAGCAUAUCCAAUUCUUGGUCUGCAGCUAAGCAGCUCCAAUCAAUUGCAAACAACUUGAUAGCACCUCGUGGGAAUGAGAUUAUUGCAACCAAUGGGCUUGCAGGCUCUGUUUACACAAUGAGUUCUGUGCUCACUUUUGUUUUGUCGGCUCUUGUGGCUGCAAUUCCUUGUCAGGAUCGAGGUCUUAGUACGCAUUUUUCAAUCCCACAGCAGUACUCCUGGGGUAUCCCAUUAAUCUCACUUCACGAACGGAUAAUAGAGGAAUCAAAGAAGCGAGAGCGCCAGAACUCUAAUGGAUUGCUGAGGGAGAUUUAUCAUGUUGAGAGAUGUGCACGCCACAUGACAGACUUGGUCGAUGUGGUUCAGUUUCCAUUGACAGAGGAACAGAAAGUGGAAGUUGAACAAGAACUGCAGGAGUUAGCAUCGAUUUGUGAAAAAUUUAAGAAUGGACUGGAUCCUCUGGAACGACAAAUCAGGGAAGUAUUCCGUAGGAUUAUGAAUUGCAGAACUGAGGGUCUCGAAAUUUUGAGUAGGGCAAACAAUCUGGAGUAA